AUGAGCUCAAAGGAUAACUUGGCCCUGGAUCUGGAGCACGGCGUGCGACGCUGGGAUCGCGCUCGCUGGAUAUCCGUCUUCAGCUCGCAUAACCCGACUAUACGCGAGGUGACGGAAUGCUUGGGCCUGGGCUUAUCGGCGUCUUCGUCCACGACCAACCGCGGCAUUCCGAAAUUCGACAACCCAGACUACCGCAAGCUCUCGAGUGAGGUGACGAAGCUGUCCAAGGAAUUGCCAAAAGAAAGAGAUUUGUUGCUGGAUUUCGCGGCGGAUCCGAGUUCCCUGAACCAGGAGCUCGAGGACCUGCUAGCGAGUUACGGACCCGCUAUUUGGGGCAGGGAUGCGGAUCGCAGCUGUUUACUCACGCCGGAUGCGACGAAGAAGACGUAUAACAAAGAUCUGUUUUACGAGGAGCCGGAGCAUAAGGAUAUUCUCAAGAUUCAUCUGCAUCGGUGGAUCAUCAUCAAAGCUUGCUACUACAUUCGCAACAUGAAGUUGAAGAGACCAUCGGGUGCGAAUGAGUAUGAUCAGCUUGCCGAUAUCGACGCCGAAGGUCUUUCACUCACCCCACCUGAUCCGGAUACUGUUGCAGGUGCUGAUCUAGACGUUAAACCUAUUAAUCUGAAGAAGCGCAAGAGCAAUGCUCACCUCACCAUGUCCGACGAUGAAGAUCCUGAGGCUUCGCCUAUCAAAAGGCCGUACAGCACUAUGCCUGUGAGCCGAAAGGGCAGCCCAAGGAAGUCACUCAAGUCACUGUAUCCUGCCGGCCCGGGCAGCAUGGAGAACAUACCUCCUAUGCCGACGCAUAUGCAUCGUUUCUCGCCAGCACCAGGAACCGCAUCUGAACCCUCGCGGAUACAGCUCAGUCCCUUAUCAAACAACGACUUGAACGGCGUGUCAAGGCCUCCUGCUAUCACCCAAAGCUCCGCACCUGCAGGCUUCACGGCUGUCAACAAUGGAGGUUUCACUGCUGUUAACAACACGCCUCCACCUAGCGAGCCACCUCGAGAGCCAACACGGGAAGCAUCCCGAGAACCGUCGAGAGAGGCCGCACCUAAUCAGUCUAUCAUGGCACCUAAUAAGCAGGUUACCUCUGCCCCCGCGAUACAAAGCGCCCCCGCAUACGGCAUACAACUCGUUCCUACCACACAAGACGCACCGCCCGCGCCCUCGAGCAAACCCCGAGCCCCCUCAAACCACAGCCAACCCGCCGCCGCCGCCCAACACACCUCACCGCACCAACCCGUGCUGAAAAGCCACCAACAACCGCCUCAACCCCCCGAAACCGCACACGUCGUCCAGCCCUCACAACCCCAAACCUUCCCCCGCGGCUCCGUGUCGACGGCCGACCUCCGCCUCCUCCAAUGCGAAGUCACCGCCGGCCUCUUCACCUUCUUCUACCCACGCUCCACAAUGCCGCCCGACGAAGCCAGCCUCCUCGUCCGCAUGCACACACUCUGGUACCACGGCGAACCCCUCUUCCGCACCGAACUAUCCACACACUACGAUCUCGUCUCCAAGAUCCUCACUGCAUGGCUACAUGAACGUCAAGCCAUCGCUUCACUACGGCACAGCAUGGCCGCCAACCCCGGCGUGUCUCACAUUGGCCUUGUAGACCGGUUACUUGCUAUGAACGAUCUUAGGGCUAUGCGGUUGAAGUGGAAGAAUAUGAGUAGUAUUGAUGGAUUGAGUCCUGAGGAUCUGCUUUGCAUGGCUUUUAGGGUUAUGACGAAUACGGAGGGGAGCGAGUAUAUGUUUAAAGAUGGGUUGGCGAGGCUGGAGCUGGGUGUGUUUGAAUUUUUGAGGAGCGAGGAUGCGAAGAUUGUUAUGCAGCGGAGGGAUACGAGGGCGGGGUGA